CUUGCAUUCCUGUCAUGUUUCAGAUAUGGUUUGGCGAAGAAAAAGGGGCCAGAACAGAAGCAGCUCGUCAUGGACAACGGUCGCGUUUUUGCGACAACUGGCUGCCUCGAUGGUGGUUGUUGUCGUUAGCGUCGCUACCAACGCCGCCACCGCCACCGCGACGCCCCGAUCCUGCAGAGUAUCCGAAUUUGCAUGCGCAAGUGGACAACAAUGUGUUCCUCUCAAUCGUUUUUGCAACGGAAUCAAUGACUGCAACGACAGCUCGGACGAACCACGAUAUUGUACAAAAUGUAAUAGGACGUAUUAUGGAGAAGCCGAUAUUACAUACGAUUUGGAAUUGCACAGACCUAAAGAAGCAAAGAUCCCUUACAUUUGUCACCUUACUUUUACUGCAAAUGGUGGUGAAUAUGGUGACAUCAUUCAGUUGAAAUUUGACAGUUUCACGGUUGGUCGUUUCGUUUCGUUCACGUCAGACGGUUGUCCAGACGGUGCCUUACAAAUAAGUGAGUCUAACCGGCCACACAUGGGCGGCUCAUGGUGCGGGACAUCGUGGGGCCCAUCGAUCUAUUACAGCGAAACAAAGAGCGUCACUGUCAGCGUCAGUUUGCUUAGACUUUCCAAAAGUCAAAGCGGCUACAACUUCGACUUCCGGAUGGAGUACAAGUUCCUAAAAAAGAUGGCCGCUGUGGUACGUUACGGUGGAGGUAGGUUAAAUGAGACGUUUCCUACGGCCGCAACGACAUCGUUAACGGAACCGGAAUACUACUUGGGCGACUUGAUUUCGGGCACCUACUGUUCCCGAAUAUUCAGCGACUGCGACCGGAAACGGUGCCGAUUGCAGUCUCCUAAUUUUCCGGGUUUAUAUCCGAGAAACGUGACUUGUUAUUACGCAGUACGCCAACAUGAAGUGCCUCAGGGAAAGCACGCCCUGAUUAUCGUCCGACAGCCCAAAGGACAACUUGUCUCCAUACGGAGCCAGGCAGCCCUAUACGGAACUGCCAGUACGAGGGAACUCAAGGUUUGGAAUGCCUGCGACGACGUGCAAGAUUACGUAACAGUUUACGACGGCUACACUACAAGAGAUCCUGUCAUUCUUAAGUUUUGUGGUGGAGGCGAAGCGGUACCGAAAGCGGUUUCAAGCGGACACGAGCUACUGGUCGAGUUUUCCACAUCCCCGUACGGAACUUUUCUUCAGCCGACACCGAUCCAGCCGUUACACGGAUUUCAACUUGAAGUAGAAGUAAAAUUUGUGGACCAGCAAUCUCCGACGUACAUAAAAACGAAAAGGCAAUGCGAAUUCUGGAUACGAGGUACGAACAAAGGCAUACUAGAAAAUCCAAUCCAUUCAGUUCCAGCCAACACCACGUGCAUGUACCAUCUUCAAGGAAUGGAUACAACAGUUUCACCAUCCCCGGUACCUUUCAGGCCUCUUUCUCGAUAUCCAGACGGAAUUUGGACGAAAACGCGAGUUAUAUUCCCACCACCACGAUACCGUGUUUGGCUAACUGUGAUUAAAUUUUACGACGCUGGGCCGCGGAUAACAGACAAAUUGGAUACAGAAAUAUGCAGAAGCAGCUUGAAGGUGUGGGAUGGGCAACUCUGGAAUCCAACAGUUUGCAAGGAUUUGUUGUGUAAAGACCGAUCGAAAGUUCCCCAACGAUCUGGGAACAUGCCCUCCAAAAACGUAACUCUUCUCGGUCGCUACUGUCGAGAGCACAUGCCAAAGAGUUGUGACCAUGUAAUGCUGGCCAACGAUACAAGAUUUCCGAGACCAUGUUUUUUAACAGAAAGCUAUCUGUCUUCGGGCGACAGCAUGACGCUGGAACUGAACACGAUCGAGUCUACUGCUCUAAGACCGGUGAAUUUCCGGGUGUUUUAUGAGUUCGUAGAUCUCCAUCAAGACGGAGAACCUUAUGGCGUAGGACCUUGCAGCAGAAAAUUUACGCAGACGCAGACACAAAGGUUUAAGUCUCCGAAGGAUAUUUUUUUGUAUGGAAGAGGGGGACUGGAAAAUAUAAGCUGUGUAUACAGAUUUGAAGCGAAAAAAGACGAAAAGGUGAAGAUAACGUUGACAAAGGUGAUAAUCAAGGGUCGAAAUUGCGUUACAAAAAUCAGUCCGAACACCGACCGCUUCCAAUGCUACGGGAACAGGUCAGCGACGUUACGAUUUUUCGAAAUUCCAUGGAAUGAUGUGCCGCCGAUAUCCCGAGACUGUGUAUGCUCGGAAUAUAACGAUUCGAAAUCACCGAUCACUUACAUUUCAACGUCUAACGUGGUGGAAUUGAGAUUCGACGCGACCAACAUGAGCGCUAAGGACGACUACACCACCCUAUUUUUCGAAGGCACUUGGCAGUUCAUUCGCACCCCUACAUGUAAUGAAAAUUUACGGAACAGCGGACCAAGUGGCGAAAUCCUAUUGAAACAUCCUAACUCUAAGCUCAACUGCGAAAACUACCCGAGAGUAAUAAUUCCGACGGGACGCAAAUACCUUUACGUUAAAAUUCAUGGAGUCAUCCUUCAGCACUUCAGCCACGAUGGAAAUGAGACAAAGGUGUCUCCGAUGAAAUGUUUGAGCGCCAACAGAAUUACGGUUCACACGUCCCUCUACACCGCCAUCGUCUGUCCUUAUUCUACCACCACGAGAUACAAUUUGGUCGAAAUAUUCUCUGAAGGAUGGCAUCGCAAAAAGGAUCACGGACUUAAGUCGUUUUCAGUUGAUAAAAUUGGAAUUGACUAUUUAGGCAACGAACUAUCGCGAAGCAUAGUUGUUGAGUUUUUAGGUAAAGAGGAGGGAACUUAUUCGGUCAGAUGGCUGGAAUUGUCAAGAAGACGAGUUUUCCCAUCCAACGGUCUCAACCUUUUGUGGACGAAAGCGGAAGAAUGUCUCUACCGUUGCCCGGAAAUCGACGCCUGUAUAAACUCGACAGUCUGGUGUGACGGUGUAGAGGACUGUCCUUCCGGGAUAGACGAAGCGCUGACCCACUGCUCGUUCAUCUUCCAACUGCCUCCCCUGUAUCUGUUCCUGGGUCUUAUGGGCAUCAUUCUACUCUGUACCACCGCCUUCUUCGUUGUGUGGAAACUAUGCAAGCGACGAAGGACCAGAUCGUUCCUUCAAACGAGACUGAGAAGUCUGUCUUCGGACACUGCCAUCAUCGACGAAAAGGGCAUUAUUUGCUGACACAGCGACAAUUCUGUACGAUACGUCGAAGUCGACAGAGUCACGACCGUCUGACCUUUACGUCUCGAGGAUUCGUACAGAAUUUCCUUGUUGUUCCCUAACACAUUUCGCGAAGGACCAAUGUUCAGCUGGGAUCUGGUUUGUCUUGUCUAAAAUACCGGCAUCGAAACGGCGUUUUCCUUUUUUAUAAUUCUAAACCUUACUUCUUAAAGUACAUAUAAAAGAAUAAUUUUAGAAUAGGUGGGUGCUACUUAAACCAAAAACCAAUGGGAAAACGCAAAACAUACGAGAAGUUUGACCCGCGCGCAGAGCGUUCGUUCGUUUUGAAUUGACCCAAAAUCUUCCAAAAAAAAAUUCGGCCAUUUAUUAUUUCUAUUUCCUUUUUUCAGGAACAUAUUUUAUACCUUAUUUUAUUUAGACAAGGAACGAAUGACAUUUUUUAACAAGAUAAAGUAUCACGUACAAGUAAAUAAAAUUAAUUAGUUGUAAAUAAAUUUCACUCUAAAGGUUAUUUUAAUAGAAACCCUAAGUAAACACAAUGGUACAUUAAACAAAAGCUUUCGUUCGCUAUUCCUAAUAAAUUCGAAAUCCAUUAGAAAGGAAGUUUAAUUUAGUACUAAAAACCGUCAUUAAAAAUUAAUCAAACGCGUUAUUCGAAGAGGAAAUUUAAUAAUUUGAAUAAUUUGAUAUUUCUAGUAAAUUAAUCGCUCAUACAAUUCCUUGUUUAAAGUCCUUUAAUUUAAGACUGAUUUUGACACAUUUUAAAUUUCUUUAUCGCAACAUUCGAGAAAACCAGUACCUAAGCUGACAGUUUCUCGAUUAAAAAUAUGUAAAAAGCGUAUAUAAAUUUGUUAUAGUACCUGUUAGAGUUUUAUCCAAUUUAAGGCAUUAGGCUUAGAAACCCAGGAAUACAAAUUACAGGGAGGACUUGUUAGAUGAAAUCUUAUCAUUUCAGAAUGCUUACGGUUACAAAGGACAUAAAUAUAAAUUGACUUUAAUAAAGUCGCUAAUUAUCACAGGUUAACGUGUAUCUGGAAACAACUAAGACCACAGAAAUCAUUUCCGACGCAGUUUGCCGCACUGAUUCUGAAUCUAGUAUCAAAAUUGCUGCAACAUAUCUGGAUAUUGGAUUAUCCUUACUUUAAAUACCAAAACAUUCAAUUUUUGGCCCUUUGUGAACAUUACUACAUGAAUAGUAUGACUUUUUCGGCUUGUUUGAUUUUGAAGUUAGGAUAUCUUAAAAUUUCAAUUUCUAGAGCCUUUCUGGGUCGUAUUUCAGUGCGUCACCGUUGAAGAAUACACCCAAAGCGUUUACUUUCUUUUUGACGUGACAACGUCUUAUAAUUCGAU